GAUGCAGAUGUUUUAUUCGUUUUUACGAAUGUUUUCUGGUCGGAGCAAUGGAGGGGAGGUCGCCAGAAAUUUUUUCCCAAAGGAACGCAACCAGUAGUUUGAGACCACUCUUGAGUUUACCUGAGUAUAGCACUGAGUAACGCUACAGUUUUGCACAGUCUAUGAUCGAGCUGUUCUGCUUUUGCACGUUUCUUAUCAAAUCCUCACCGUCAGAAAACGAUGCUGUUUUUUCUUCUGCUGUGGACAUUACUGCGAUGUGCAGACCUGUUUUCCAUCACUGUGCCUUCAGAUCCUGUACUUGCUGUGCGUGGAGCGACGGCAUUGCUUUCAUGCCUGUUUGAGUCGGACUCGGACCCCUCGAAACUGGUGAUCACGUGGCAGCGGGUGGAAGACAUGCGGGUCGUCCACAGCUACUACCACCUGAAGGACCAGCUGGAGAGACAGAGUGCUGAUUAUAUCAAUCGUACACAGUUAAAUUACAACGAAAUUGCGAAGGGAAACGCAUCUCUGAGUAUAGCAACUUUUGGACUGAAGGAUGCUGGGAAAUACGAGUGCGUAGUGAGCAACACCAAAGGAACUGACAAAGGAACUUUACAACUCAAUUACGCAGCCAUUUAUUCAGAGCCAAGGUUAAGCAUCCAUCUCAAGUCCUCCAACGUGACGGUCCAGUACGAGACGGAGGGUUACCCACAGCCAGAGGUCAUGUGGUUCAAUUCAGGAGGGCAGAAUCUCACCAACCAUCAGGAAAUUUCGUCUGCAUCAGAUGAAGGCCUUUACUACCUUAAAAGCAGCUACGUGUCCCAGAAUCCAGAAUUAAACAUCACAUUUACGCUAAAAAACCCUGCUGCACAUCAGGAGCUACAGAGGCAUCUUAUCCUCAACUAUGAGGGAGGCCAAAGCUCCAGCUCAUCUGUUGCUGUUCUGUCUGUACUGUGCUUGUGUCUCCUAUUGUCAACCGGCGUUCUCUUAUACUUUUACUGUCGUGGCAAACCUGCACACAAGCCCAUGUUGAACAAUCAUCACUAAAAUGAAAUCCUGCUGAAAUGUAUUAACAACUACUGCUAAUCAUAAGUGCCUCCAACAACCGUUUUUUGUAUUUGAAACAUGCCUCUGCUGCUCUACUGCAUGUCAUUCCAAUAUGCAAGCGUUUAUGCUGAAAUGUGUGAUUUUUGUUGAGCCUUCAUGAAAAGAGUUAGGGAUGAGACGUGUUCAAUAAGGGGCCGUUCACACUGUUUUUUCUUGAGGAUUUUUAUGUUUGUGUCUUUAUGAAGUGAUUAUAUUUUUUAAACACAUUUCAUGUUAAAAAGAUUUGAACUUUUACAUGCAGUCACUCAUCAAUAUCAAUUCCAAAGCAGCGGACCAAUCAGAAGAACUCUGAGGUGGGGCCAGGUUUUGAGGUACUGUUUACAGCAGCAAGUUAGCAUUACAUUUUUUUUAUGUUAACAUGGUGGUGAAAGCAUUAUUUUAUGUUAAAGUUGCGUCCCAAAUCACAUACUUCUGCACAAUUCUAUGCCCUUUUGUAGAAUCAAUAGUGACGCACCAAAAAUUUGUGUGAACCUGUAUUUACCUUUAUAUAUAUUCGACAAAUAUUCGAAAUUACAUUGUUUUUAUAACCCUAUAGUGCAUACGCGCCCACAAUCCCGUUUUUCCCGGGAGUCUCCUGAAUUUUUCAGUUUUAGAGUUUGGGGGCCAUAAAUUUUUGACCUCCUUUAGUGCACUUUGCUAUUCUGGCUACCAUCAGAAGCCCUGGGGGCUGUUUCAUAAAAGUCACUUAGAAAAGCACAAUAGCAUUCACAUCUCACUGGGUGAAAAUGAAACUUUGAGGCGCGAUUGACUGGAACACAUUGAAAUUUCUCCCUUCUGACUUCAGUGCUGAAAUUCCCAAGCCUGAAUGUGUCUGGAACAGAGCAUUAUUAUUAUGCUGAAUCAGAACAAGCAUUCGUCUGUGAAGUGGUGUGAAAUGACAUGUCUCAGAUUUCUGACUUGCUUUCUGGCAGCGUUCUAGAUCGUAUUUCCUCUUACAAAGUAGAAAAACAUCUGGACUUUAUAAUAACUACACACUGUGACUCCUUUAUUUAGCAUUAGCAAAUAGUUAAUUCAUUAUUUGUUAUUAAUAUUAAUUUGUUGUUAAUUCAUUAUUCAUUAUAAGUAGUUUGUAAAUACAGCUACAAAUGCUGUAUUUUUGAGUUAUGAGAAUGACUUUUUUUGUCCCUGUAGGAGAGUUCAUUUACAGCAUACAUUCAACAGAGACAUCCGACGUUCCACAUUUGGCGUUUAUAUAAAUAAAUCAUUUAGAACCUAAAGUACCAUGAAACCCCUACUCCAAAUAAAUAUCCAAGAUAUCCAGUUCAAGCAACCAUAAAGGUUGAACAUUGUUUUUAUGAUGGUAUAAUGGUAUUGAAACUAAUACCAUUGCUAUUUUUAGAUCCCGCAGUAUACCAUAUCACUGAAUUUCCGCCCAAACCUUGUGCAUGUUAAAGGAUGCCUCUCAUAAUUGAGUACUUUUACAUGGACACCUGUUGGAGAGGCGGGACUUGACAUACCUGUCUAUCAUCCUCAUGACGCAGCAAAAAGCAGAGCUAUGCAGAGAAGCGCCCGCAGCUAUGGGAAAUGGCCUUAUCCUAUGUGCCUCUGUGUGCUAUUGUGUGCAUCUAUAACGAACUAGCCACACACACACGCCUAUACACACACCUCUUUAGUGUUCAAUAAACCAGUUUGAUUGACCUUAACUGCCUGAUCCACUCCUGUGUUCUGAUCGACACCCCAAGGGGAAGGCUAGAGAAAUUAGAACCUCCUCAGAAUACAAUCCUAACCUAAAAACCCAAUAGAUUGAAGUGCAGUACAGACAUUUUACCAAACUAUUACCAUUGUGUAGGAUUUUCACUGCAUUUUACGCCAGGAUAGUCUAUAAACACAGCAGUUUGACACUAUUUUCUGCAUUUAUCUAGUCAGUGAAGGACCACAGACACCUGCAUCACAAAAUGCGGAGGUGUUUUCCCCAUACGGUGAGCGGCCGACAGUGUGUAAUUUGGGACGCAACAUGUGUCAAGUUUGUAGAUUAAGUGUGUUCUGUGUGAAUGGCUCCUUAUGAUAGCUUCUUUGCAGUGUCAAGUUAAAACAUUCACUUUUUUUUAACAUUCACAUGCAGCCACUCUUCAAUAUCAGUGCCAAAGCAGUCGACCAAUCAGAAGAAUGCGGAGGCGGGGCCAACUUUAUGAGCUUCUGUUUACCCUCGUGCUCUAUGCUGCGAUUUCAUUAAUAUCAUUGCUGUAUUUCACAUUUUUAGACACAAGAUGCGUUGUGUUAAUGGCACUUAAGAGCUGCUUUUGAAUGCAUUUAAAAUGAUAUAUCCAACCAUAUUUGUGGACCAUAAAUAGUGUCAAAUAACACUAUUAGUUAUAUAUUUACUAUUAAUCAUUAUUACCUGUAGUUAUUAUUGUUUGGCACCAUAGAAACGACACAUUUCAGCUUUAAUUUUACAUAUAAGAUGGUUCUACAUCGAAGCAUUAGUGACCAUGUAAAUGUUCAUUUGUGUGUGUGUGAAAGAGAACACGUGGUCAUUUUAUGACUGUGGAUGCUUGAAGGAUUUUAUUGUGCACAGACUGACUGAAGAGGUUUACCUGCAACAUUGGCUCAUUCUGAAAACGUGCCCCUAUAUACAUUUCUGAAGAUCGCAAAUUAUGUAGCCAGAGGGACAUAUGGCUGCAUUACAGCUUUAAAACCCUAUGGGGCGCCGCUUAUGGACGGCUUUUCUGUGGUUAUCAGUUUCUGCAGGGGCUCACCACGUACGUCGGCGGACUUGUGACCUGGCGCGUAGUUGACAGUAGAUGUCUGCAUGGAAGUAAUUAUUUAGUCCUGUUCCUGCCAGGUUUUAUUCCACACCCGACUGCUCCAGCCGUAUAUUCAGUGUUUGUUCACCUGCUGCCUGCUAAAUUUAGAUCUGGUUUCCAAAAUCUCAUGUUUAAAUUGGGUACUACCAAAAGAGAAAGAAGGACUGGAGAUGGUGUGAGGGCAGGGGGGCAUGGUUGGGUGGAGAUGGUGUAUGGGGGAGGAGGGGGUUGAUAGGCGGCCAUUAUCUGUUUUCUCAGAGGAAGAAAAGCUGACAAAGCAUUGCUGUCAUGGAAAAAAUGACAAAGCACUGCAGUGUUUGUGUGUUCUGUGUUUGUCUGAGAUAAUUAGUCUACCGAAAUGUGUAUAUUCCUUACAAGCUGAAACUAAUCGGUCAAUUCUUGUCACGUGACUCGCGGUCACACUGCUUGUGCCUCCAUUGGAAGCAACGAACUUGUGCAAACUCUAGAAAGACAUAAUAUGCAAACGGCACCUAAAGCCGCCAUCAUUUGGGAUCUCCAGCAGUUGAUCUUCUAGCACAGACAUGGUGGAUUCACCUGAUUUGUUGACAAAUGGUUUGCGGAUCCAUUCUUUGGCAGUUUGUGGGUCCUUCACUGGGCUUCUUCUCCUAUGCAAAGAAACUUUCCAAAGACGUCUGUUUCUCACUCAUUUUGCUGCUUAUGGGUUAAAUUUGAGCGCUCAAAUGACUGAUGUAGGUGAGAGAAUACGGUCAUUUUUCGAAAUAAAAUAUCGUUCAGACUCAGAUAAUAAAUAAAACGGAAAUAAUCAGUGAUUUCUUAUGCAGCGGUACCAAUCAAUCCAGCCCGGUAGUUGAGGACCACAGCUCUAGUUGACAGAGACGAAGUUCGAGUCUGGUGAAGAACGGUUCCAGAAAGCAGGUAGGACAAAAGCCAACAAAUAAAAUAAACACGUAAAUAAUUAGCUUUUGAUUGCUUUUGAAAAUGGUCAGUUGGGUUUAGUGGGUUGUUCAGGUCAAUUGGUGCUUUUGAACACACUAAUGAUUGGGUUUAGGUGAAGGAGGAGGGUGGGUCAGCUGAUUCGUUGAUCAGUUAGUUAGUCGACAGUGGCCGCUGGUGGAUUUGCACAAGAAGAGCAGAAAUUUGAGAUCUGAAAAAGCGAACACAGUGGUCUUGGGCGGAUUCGCAAAAACAAAAACUGCAGAAUAAAAUGAAGCUCCUGGGACGUAUUUGGCGCUCUCCAGAAAUGUAGAUUGAGGUACGUAUUCAGAAUGAGCCUGGGUUGUUUAUUUUCAUUGUAGCAAAAUAAUAUUUAAUUUAAUAUUUACAUGUGAUAUAGUAACAGCGCAGCUCAAAAGUUUGGAAACAUUAACAUUUGGUACAACUUCUGCUCAGCAACACACUGUAAAGAAAAUGCAGAGUUCCACACAAUUCCUUCAAGUUGUCCCAACACAAAUCGAUUGUUAACUUACUCGUUUUUUCAAAUUUAAGUAAGUUGAAUAUAAAACAAUGAAGUUUUCCAAAAAACUGAAGAAUUCUGUAGUUUCAACUCAUUUUAAAUAAAUAGUUUGAAGUCAUAUUUGAGGGCAUCACGGUGGGUCAGUGGUUAACACUCUCGCCUCACAGCAAGAAGGUUGCUGGUUCAAGUCUCAUUUCUGUGCGUGUUCUCCCCGUGUUGCUGUGGGUUUCCUCCAAAGACAUGCACUAUAGGUUAAUUAAAUUAACUAAAUUGGCUGUAGUGUAUGAGUGUUUAUGGGUGUUUCCCAGAGCUGGGUUGCUGCUGAAAGAGCAUCCGCUGUGUAAAACAUAUACUGGAAGGUGGUUCAUUCCGCUGUGGCGGCCUCUAAAAUAGAGACUACGCCAAAGGGAAAUGAAUGGUCAAUUUUCAGUGUGUGAAAAACACAAUAACUAAUAUUCAAUUCACUUCAUCUUUAUUUCUUUAGUGCUUUUACAAUGUAGAUGGUGUCAAUGCACCUUAACAUAGAAGUUCUAGUUGAUUGAAACUGUCAGUCCAGUUUUCAGUGUUGAAGUUGAGUUUAGCGUGGUUGAAUUUUUAUUAAUGAAAGUCCAAAUACUGAACAGCAAAUCCAUCGAUGCGCAGCUCCACAAGCCUCAAAUCAAGCAAACCAGUGGCGAGGAACAAACUUCACCAAUUGACAAAAGUGAAGGAAAAAAGGAAAAUAAUAAGUGAUUUAACAUCAAAACUGAUUUUUAUAGUAUUUUGAUAAUAGUAAAAAGUUAUAAUAAUUAAUUCAUUGAUUUAUGAAGGAUUGUAUACGACGGUGGAAAUUCUGUUUUAACUUUACCUUUAAUAUUUAAUUUUAAAUAGUAUUGUCAAAUAAUGGUAAGGCUAAAAUAAUGUAAACAUUUUUUAAAUAAAUACAGCCUUAGUGAGCAGAAAAGAUCGAAAAACUUCAAUCAAGACAAAUUAUUCAAAAAAUAAUAAUUAAUAUUGCAAAAUCAGGACCAAAGCUGAUAUAAAUCAAUCAUUAUCCUGCAUCAGCAGUAUUUCUUUCUGCAUAGAUGAGUUUCUAGAUCAGAAAUAAAAGCAGUUAAAAGUCUAUUGAAAUGCUUUCAUUUUCUGUCAUGUUUCAUAGCAUUUUUUUAAUCAACACAAUUAAUAAAUCAUAAUUUAAAUUGCAAAAAUCAAGACCAAAGCUGAUAUAAAUCAAUCGUUAUUCUGCAUCAACAGUAUUUCUUUUUGUAUAGAUGAGUUUCUAGAUCAGAAAAUAAAAGCUUUUGAAUAAUAAUGUUGUAUAACUCGUUUCCUAAAAAUGUGCAUUUCUAGAAGGUAGAAACUUGCGAUGUUAGUUUACGAGGUAUUUCAUUCAUUUUUUUAUUAAUGUUUGUUCAAAUGUCGAUGAUAACGAAGAUCUCUGGCUGUUGUGUCUCAUGAAUUUGCAUUGCAGAAUAGGUGAUGGCUUUGACUUCUGUACCCUGAAACGCACAAAAAAAAUAAAAGCUUUACAAUCUC